AUGGACGCAUAUAGCAUCUCUCCUGCUAUAGAAUCUGUUACCCGCGCACAAAAGAUUGUAUCAAUAGCAUGUGAGGCAUGCAGAGCGGCCAAGGUCAAAUGUCAGCCGAGCGAACAGCCCACGGUUUGCCGCAAAUGUCUUGAAUCCAAGAGAGAAUGCAUAUCACGAACAGGCCCACGCACUCGCCGAAGAAGAAGGAAGUUCCCUGGUGAUGCAGCACAACCUCAGCCACCGCCCGCAAGCCGCCCAUCUAGGACGUUCACUAUUGAAUUUGACGUGCAGUCACUGCCCGAUGUCGACGAGAAUUUCGACGCCUUGCGCGAUAGUCAUGCACAGUUCCUCGAGAGCAUAUUUCCCUCCGAGCCAGACUCUGACAUUAACAAUUUCACUGCCUCACCAAUGACAGGUUUUCCCACUCCCUCGUCUUCGCACAGCCACUCCAUCCAAUCUCUCCAUGCAAAACCCCAAUUCAACCUCGACUCUGCCGAGUCCCUAUUGGCCUUAUUCGGCAGAAUGUUAUCCCAUUUCCCCUGCAUUAACCUUCAGCCUGAAGACACGGUUUUAAGCCUUGCUGCCUCUCGGCCAUUUGUUUUACUGGCGAUCUUGGCGGCAGUGUCUGGAUCGCGGACUCUUCAAGGGCAUAGCCUUUAUGAUGAAGAGUUUCGAAAGGUUCUAGGCCUCAAGUUUGUGGCCGGCGGGGAGAGGAGCAUUGAACUUCUGCAGGGUACGCUCAUCUACUGUGCUUGGUAUCCAUUCCACCUUAGGCCCAAAAAUAAGCAAGUUUUUCAGUAUCUCUGUAUGGCGGGGGAUAUGGUUCGCGAUAUGGGGCUCAAUCAAGAGUUGCCCGAGUUGAAAGGCGGUGUUAACUCUAAAGUGACGAAGGAGCAGCUUGAUAAAAUCCGCACAUAUCUCUCCUGGUUCUACGUUGGAUCAAACCUCAUGGUCGCCUGGAAGAAGAUAGACGUAAAACCUCCAUUUACUGCUUGGACAGCUACUUGCUGUGACAUUCUGCAGAGGUGCGCAGAGUCCGAUAGCGACUUCGCCUUAAGUUACCUCGUACAAUUUACGAAUUACACAAACGCCGCUGAAGACGCAAUACAUGAGAGCACCGUGACAACUGAGCAACAGAGCCAGUUUAUCCUAUUCGGCCUAGAAGUUCAAGGUCGAGAGCUCCGGCAACGAAUGCUCACUCGAAUUGCCAAUGAUGAAGUACCAGUGAAGUUCUCGGAGCUAUUUUUUCGCAUCUAUCUUAUAGGCUGUCCUUUACUUCGCAUGGGGCAAUCUAAGAACAGGCCCCCUGGGUACAUUUUCCCUUCAAUAUCAAAGCUUAAAAGUUGCGUUGCCGAAAUCAAGACGAUGUUUGACUUUGUCUCUGAUCUAGGGCAAUCAGCACUUACUGCAUUCUCUUCCAAUGAUUGGAUGAAGGUUGUUAUCACCACCAUCAUCGCCCUUCGUCUCUCAUUCCCUCUUACUGAGCUCCCUGGCUGGGAUGACUGUUGGGCAAGAAGCGAGUUGCAUUUUAACGAGUUCUUGACACAUAUGUGCAAAGGUUCUGACUUGACCACGGUUAAUACUCGAGUCGAUGCCGUCACUGCCAGUCGCGUCGUCUUGCGUAUCCUUAAAGAUAAGUAUGACCGCCGGGUCGCGCUACGUCUCAAGACAGUAACGGCCGCUGCAGAGGCGGCAGAGGCGGCAGCGGCGGCAGCGGCGGCAGCGGCGGCAGCGGCAAUUCCAUCGUCAUCAGGAAUUCGGGGUUGCCCAAUGUUUGAUCACAGAAUGGACCCUUAUAUUUCUACGUGGGAUACCGGUCUUGGGAUUGAAGAUGUAAUUCCAUCUCCCACUCCGCAUGCAGAUGACGAGCCACCGGUGCUUCGCGAUUUGUGGACAACGAUAACAAUGGGAUGGGCCAAUGAUACAACUGGGAACAACCCAUGGUACAGUUGGCCCUAG